AAUUCCACAGUUGUCCAGUAUCGAGCACAGAGAAGAGAGGAUAUAUCUUCGUGUUGCGGGAGGCAUCACGCACGUUGUGUUAAUCCAAAUUGAUGCUUACAUUUGUUUCGGACAUUUAUCAUUAUACUAAAGAAUCAUUUGUUUUGAUUAUGCCGUUGUAAAUAUUUCCAUUAUUUAGCAUUAUAUUGAGGAAGCAUUAAUAAAACAUAAAAAUGGAGGAAAUGGAUACUACCGAUCAGUCUGUGGCAACUAUGGAUUCUGCACCAAGUGUGAAUUCUGUGCCAGAGACUCAGAAUGAAACUCCAGUGGCUGUUGAGCAGAUUAAAAAAGAAAAAACUGAAGAAGAGGAAAGUAACAAGAAGAAUGAUUUGAAUAAAACUGCUUUAAUGGCAGUUUUACAGUUUUUAAAGAAACAUAAUUUGCAGGAGACCGAAGCUAUCCUUCGAAGAGAAACAAAAGUUACUGAUGAUGGUAAAUUGCCAGAAUCUGCUCAGAAUGGGUCAGAUGUGAGCAGUGUACUAUCCACUUAUAAAAGUGAAGGAGAUCCUGAUAUCUAUGAAGAUACAUACGUUGGUCUGAAAAAGUUCAUUGGCACUGCUUUGGAUACAUACAGACAUGAGCUGUCAAUGAUUUUGUAUCCAGUAUUUGUUCACAUGUAUUUAGAAUUGGUUUAUAAUGAGCAUGAAGCCCAAGCAAAAUAUUUUAUGGAAAAAUUUGGUCCAGAACAAGAGGAGUAUUACCAAGAUGAUAUCAAAAAGCUAUCUUGUUUAACCAAAAAAGAACAUAUGAAAGGAAAUGAACUGAUGGAUAGUUUUCGAUCUGGACAGUUUACAGUUCGAAUGUCGAGAGAUACAUACAACUUUCUAAAAAGACAUUUGCAAGAUAAAAGAAAUACUGUACUUCAGAACAUUAUCCAAGAACAUCUAUAUCUGGAUGUUUAUGAAGGGAUAUCAAGAACUAAACAACAGAUUGAUAAUACUGCUGGUGCACUUAUUGGUGAAGCUGCAAGACAAGCAAAUAAAGCCAAAGUCUAUUAUGGUUUGUUGAAAGAGCCUGAGAUUCAGAUACCAUUAGAUGAUGAUGAAGAAGGUCAAGAUGGGGAGGAAAAACCAAAAAAAAAGAAACAGAAAAAAGAUCCACUUUUAUCUAAGAAAGGCAGAAAUGAUCCAAAUGCUCCUCCACCAAACAGAAUACCACUUCCAGAAUUACGUGAUGCUGACAAAUUAGACAGAAUAAAUGCCUUACGAGAGGGCCUAAAGAGAGCUCGCUUGGGACCAAAUAAUCUUCCGUCAAUUUGUUUCUAUACAUUUUUGAAUUCCCAUGGAGGGGUAACUUGUGCUGAUAUUUGUGAAGACUCCAGUCUAUUAAGUGCUGGUGCAUCUGAUUCACUAGUAAGGAUUUGGAGUUUAAACAGUAAUAAACUAAAAGCAAUGAAACCAGCAUCGGAACUGGAACAUGUGGACAAAGAAGCUGAUGAUGUGCUGUAUCGAAUGAUGGAUGAAAAAAAUGCUACUGAUAUGAGAACGCUCAUUGGUCAUAGUGGUCCAGUGUAUUCCACUAGUUUCAGUCCAGAUAAGAAUUUAUUGUUGUCUUGUUCAGAGGAUUCCACAGUUCGAUUAUGGAGCUUACAAACUUGGACAAAUGUAGUUUGUUAUAAAGGGCAUUGUUUUCCUGUGUGGGAUGUCAAGUUCAGUCCAUAUGGAUAUUAUUUUGCAUCAUGUGGUCAUGAUAAAGCAGUUCGUCUAUGGGCAACAGAUUACCAUCAACCUGUGAGGUUAUUUUCUGGACAUGUUUCUGAUGUAGAUUGUGUCCAAUUCCAUCCAAAUUGUAAUUACAUUGCUACAGGCUCAAGUGAUCGCACAAUCAGGCUGUGGGACAUUUUGUCUGGCAGCUGUGUCAGGUUUAUGACAGGGCAUAAGGGAACAGUUUAUAGUUUGGCAUUUUCAACAUGUGGACGAUUCCUUGCUUCUGCUGGUUCUGAUAAAAAAAUUCUCAUUUGGGAUGUCGCUUAUGGUCAUCUUUUAGCAGAACUUGCCAGUCAUACUGAUACCAUUUAUACAUUGAGCUUUAGCCGAGAAGGGGCUAUUUUAGCAUCAGGGGGAUUAGACAACUGCAUAAAAUUGUGGGAUUUUACAAAAUUGAUAGAUGAAAUAGAUCUAGAAGAUUUGAAUCUAUCGCAUGCUCCUAAUGUAAAAAUGAAUUCAGAUACAUAUCUCCUAGGAACUUUUAGAACAAAAGCCACACCUGUGUUCACAACUCAUUUCACUAGAAGGAAUCUGCUGCUAGGAGCCGGAAUGUAUCAGGGAUAAAUCAUGAAUUCACUGUAUAUAAAUCAUCAAUCAGUGACUUUUGGAUUUCAGUACAAGUUGUGUUAUGUCUACAAAAUACAUCUAUCUGUAAAUAUCCAUUUUUAUUAAAUUUAUU